CUUCCCUUCUCCACCCUUCCCUUCUCUAAUCUCGAAUCUUUUAUAAGCCAAUUUGUCUCGAUACAUCCCACUUUCUACUCCAUAAUUCUAUCUCUUUGGACAUAUCACCCAUUCCAAUAAUAUCAUAAUGCGCAUCUAGUCUCUCCUUAAAGAUCGAUAGAUACAAUAUUCCAUAAUGGCAACCACGAUCCACGAGACUCCAGAAUGGGAGACUCCAACACCCAAGCAAUCCAUGCUCAGCAAAUAUAAUAUCUUUUCCAAACAGGAAUCAACUCUUCCCACCACGAAAGAGGGAUCUUCGGAUUCAUCGGGAAAUGCUGUUGCGACAGGAUCUUUUGGAAAACCUACAUUGGUUGAGCGAUUCAACAAUGUAUUGCCUGCGAAUCGCACAUAUUUUGGACGGAGUCGCAAGGUGCUUUUGUUGAUUGUAGGAGCAAUUGUAUUAUUACUUAUAUUGAUCCUGGGACUGAGUCUUGGUCUUGGCUUGAAGCAUUCAUCGCCGAAAGCAUUACCUCUUCCAUCAAAUGGCGGUAUAUUCACAGGAGAUCUUACAUAUUAUGCACCCGGUCUCGGCGCAUGUGGAAUUACAUCCUCAUCAUCUGAAUCCAUCUGCGCCGUGUCCCACAUCAUCUUUGAUGCCGCUUCAACAAGUUCGAACCCCAAUGCCAAUCCUCUCUGUGGGAAAAAGAUCAGAAUCACUCGACAGAAGGAAUCGGGAAGCGGAAACAACACUAUUGACGUAACGGUUGUCGAUAGAUGUGUUGGAUGUAAAGCCGAGGAUUUAGACUUAAGCAUAACGGGGUUCGAAAAGUUGGCAUUGGAAGCAGAGGGCAGAGUUACUGGAAGUUGGGCUUGGUUAUAGUGAGCUACGACGCGGGACAUAUUUGGAGCGACGUCAUUUGAUGUUAGGAUACCCCAGAUUUUCUUCUUGUUCUUUUUAGCGGAGGUCUAGUAUACGAUUCAUGAUGGAUAUGGUGGGCUUCAUCUGGCUGCGGAGAUACCCUUGGUUUCGGUAUAACUUGAAUCACAAUGUAGUGAUGAGAUAUUCUAGUGGAUACAUAAUAAUAUGAUUGGCCAAAUCUAAAGCUGUCAAC